AUGCCUAUACAAGGAUUAUUAGAAUUAUGGAAAACAUUUGGUAAAAAAUAUGGUGGUGAUCAAAUAGAUCGCUAUCAUUUUAUUUAUACAUCUAAUUUACUUAUUGUUUUUGCUUCAAUUUCUGCAUUUAAAACAUUUGGUAGUGAUCCAAUAAAUUGUUUAGUACCAGGAAGUUUUCCAAAUUCAUGGCAAGCUGUAAGUUUUAUUAUUAAAUAA